AUGGAUCGCCAUUCCAGUUUCAUUUCCAUUUGGCUACAACUGGAACUCUGUGCCAUGGCUGUUCUUCUCACUAAAGGAGAAAUACGGUGUUACUGUGAUGCCCCCCACUGCGUGGCCACGGGCUACAUGUGUAAAUCUGAUCUAAACGCCUGUUUCACCAAGGUGCUGGACCCAAUGAACUCUAACUCUCCCCUCACGCACGGGUGUCUAGAUCCCAUAGCGAACGCUGCCGACAUAUGCAGCUCUAAGAACACAAAUGCCCUGAGUGAGGGUUUGUCUAUGCUGGAGUGCUGUCACGACGACAUGUGCAACUACAGAGGCCUUCACGACCUGGCUCACACCAGAGAAUCAACAGACCACGGCCGGUACCAGCCCGAGAGCAACAACCGUCACCUGGUCACGCGGGUACAGGAGCUGGCCUCGGCCAAAGAGGUGUGGUUCAGGGCAGCGGUGAUCGCGGUGCCCAUCGCUGGAGGCCUCAUCUUGGUCCUCCUCAUCAUGCUGGCCUUACGGAUGCUCCGCAGCGAGAACAAGCGGCUGCAGGACCAGAGACAGCAGAUGCUGUCACGGCUCCACUACAGCUUCCACGGCCACCACACCAAGAAGGGCCACAUGGCGAAGCUAGACCUGGAGUGUAUGGUGCCCGUGACAGGACACGAAAACUGCUGCCUCACCUGUGACAAGAUGAGACAGGCAGACCUGGGGAACGACAAGAUACUGUCUCUGGUACACUGGGGGAUGUACAGUGGGCAUGGGAAGCUGGAGUUUGUAUGA